AUGCAAGAAGACGAUCCAUACACAUACACCGGAGGAAGAUGGCUGCAUCGCGACAAACUCCAGCGAGACUGUCGCCGCAUACAGUUCAACUUCCCUGCCCUCUGUGACAGAGUUAUUCAUCUAAGUCCAGGUGCAACGAAGGUCGCCAAGUACGAAAAGAAAGAUGGUGGGUUCAAUAGAGUCUUUAUCUUUACCAUGGACACAGGCUCUCGUAUCGUAGCAAGGCUGCCGACUGCUAUUGCUGGCCCUUCAUGGUUGACAACCAACUCCGAAGUUGCGACAAUGACAUAUUUACGAUCCAAGCUGUCACUUCCAAUACCCAAAGCCCUAGAUUGGAGUGACUAUCCAGCUAAUCCGAUCGGCACUGAGUAUAUCGUCCAGGAGUAUGUUGAAGGAGUGCAACUUCAUCAGAUCUGGCCUCACAUGAACUCGGAGCAACACAUGCUUUGCACCAAAGCCUUGUCGACGGCAAUCAAGCAGAUGGCGUCUCUGGACUUCCCAGCUUAUGGAAGUCUAUACUUUGCUGAUGCGCCUCUUGAAGCGCACUUGAAGAUCCCCUUCGAACAAGGGUUCUGUAUUGGGCCGCACUGCAGUCCAGUCUUCUGGAACAGGGGCAUAGGAGAGUUGGAACUCUACGGAGGACCAAGUCCUGACUGCGGUCCUCGGCGUGACCUCACAAGAUAUUGCACAGGUCUGAUUGAGACCGGCUUCUCUCGACUACCGAAUGAAGAAAAUGCCAAGCAUAGCCUCCCACACCAAGGGUCGAUUCAAGAUCACGUUCAAUUGCUCCGUACAAGCCAAAAAGUGAUGCAGAGGCUUAUCGAAGAUAAGCGCGUCCAGGAUGCUGCUGCGCCAGCCCUAGUGCACCCUGACUUCCACAAGAGGAACAUAUAUGUCUCAGCAGAAGAUCCUACUGUCAUCACUGGCUUAAUAGACUGGCAAUCAACAAGCAUCGAACCUUCUUUCAUUUAUGCCAACGAGACUCCCGACUUUGCCACUCCUCCUCAAGACAUCGAAGGAGAAAUAUUCGGAAACAGUGAAGGCGAAUCCACCUCACUCCAAACAGAGAAAGAGCGGAAAGAUGCCUCGAUCUGUUAUCAGACAUACGACGUAUGCUUGAAAGGUCUAACCCCUAAACUUCGACCCGCAAGGCUGCUCGAUCCGACCUUAUUCCGACUCUUCCACUACACCCACACAACCUGGAGAGAUAGCGCGACUGCUAUCCGUCAAGAACUGAUUGAGCUAUCGGAUCGGUGGUCUGAGUUGGGUUUGCAUGGGACGUGCCCGUAUUCUCUUACCGACGAAGAACGUAAUAAGCAUGCUAAGGACUAUGAGGACUUUGAAGCGGUGCAGAGUCUCAAGCUGUGGCUCAAACACUCUUUAAAUACGAAUUCUGAUGGCUGGGUUCCGAAUGAUGUUUGGAAUGCGGCUAAGGAUGUUCAUCGGGCGGCUUAUGAUGAGUGGAUUGAGACGGCGAGGGGGUUUGAGGACAAGGGGGAGCAGGGAAUGACGGUGGAGAAGGCGGAGAGGUUGUGGCCGUUUGAUGAGAGAUAA